UUCGAGGACGGCCCAAUGACUCGUGUGCGGCAGAAGGAAUGGUGCCCUAUUCUUAAAGUACGAGUAAAACAUGUUGGAACGAGCAUCAGCACCUGCCCAGGACACAGCAGGAUCCACGGAUCGAUUGUCAACUGAUGGAUCACCCAACGACGGAGGAGCCCCGGAGGCACCUCGCACCAUAGACGUGGACGCUCUUUCCGCAACAAUCCCCCCACAAAAGCCCUCCCAUCACCCCUCCCACACCCGAACCCUGCACUUCAUCCAGAAAUCUCCCACGCAUGUAGUCCCUCUCCUUCUCCACAUUCACCACCACGAUCUCUCCUCCUUUACACCAACGCACUUUACAGCUCUUCUCACCGCCUUACAACCCGCUCUCCUUUCUCCUCCUUCCGACUCACUCGCAACCCAUGUCCGAUGCACAGGCUUUCAGGCAGCUUACUACUUUCGACCAGCAGAGCACCAGUCCAUGAUGCUACGCCGCGACGGACGGUUGUGUAAAAUGUAUGUGGAGAGGAGGAUGGUGGUUGUGAUUGUUGAAAUGGGGGAUCGGAAGGUGCCGGUGGAUUAUCUGGGGGUUUGUUAUAGAAAGGUGGGGAUUGAGGAAUUUUUCGAGGUGGGUGGGUGAGUUUUUUUCUUUUUCGCCACUGCUUUUCUUUGGAGAACAUGCCUUUGGUCCCAGCGUAUGUGACAAACGAGCAAAAUAACGUCCAGUGCUAUUGCAACUAUACCUCAAUAACAAAAAACAACGCACACAUGCUCAGUAUACAAAAUCCUUCAGCCCAUUCAAAUCUAGAUCAAACAGCCAAACACCCUUGUCUGCACCUCCAAAUGCAACAACUUUCUCGUUCGCACUCAUCGCAACCCCGUACACCGUCCCCGGCACAGAAUGCACCAUACCCACUGGCCGCUUGAGAGCCGUACUGUACAAUUUGACUUGAUUGUGAAUUCCUCCUCCGCCGGCUAGAAUGUACUUGUUGCCGUUUUUGCUGUAUUGAGCCGAGUAGAGGAGCGUGUGGUGUUUAUUGUCGGGAUCGACGGACCAGGGAAGGGUUUCGACCAGGCUGUGUGUUUUAAGGGACCAAAUCUAGUGUAUGACGAGUGAGUGUCAGGUCCCAUGGAAGAGAUGCGGAUGGGCGCUCAUACCUGGAGGACGUCCUCCUUCCGCCAUGACCCGGUCAGUAUCUUUGACCCAUCCUCCGAUAUGUCCAAAGCAUCCCCGCAAAUGUGUGGUCCGUAGAUGCUUGCGACGGAAUGUCCCACACGAAUAUCCCAAAUCUAAAUGAAAGCCGUGUCAACUCCAAUGCUCACCACGGUCAUGUAUCGAAAGACGUUUACCUGGAUGGUAUUGUCCCAACCACCACUGAUCAAACAAUGCGGAUCGGUUGGAUGGAACUUUACCGAAAAGAUACGGUUAGAGUGCCCGGCUGUGUCAGCGGGUAUACCGCCCGUUCUACACUUGAAAUCAGCACACGCCAUCUUUCACAGAAAUAAUACGAAAAAAAACGCACUUACCCAGCCUUCAUUUUCGCAAUCUCCUUCAUUCCCAUCCCAUCAUACACCCGGACCCAACAAUCACUUCCUCCCGUUGCAAACCGCAUCCCAUAUCCAUCAUACGAGACGCAAUUGAUCUGGUUAUCUGCUUCCUUUAUCGUCGAUAUGGCUUGUCCAGAUGUAAUGUGAUAAUGUACAACAUGUCCUGAAGCGUCUAUGGUGAUAUUAGUGACAUUGUUUAGCGACGUGCGUGGCGGUCAAACUUGAAGAAACGUACAUGAGGCUGCAAGUACGUUCCGGUUCUUGUACGCUGCAUUUUCGGGACGAAAGGCGAGACCAGUGACUGGGAGGGCGGUCUCGAGGGGAGCAGGCAACGUACAUAGCGUCUCAUGUGUUCGGACGGAUAUAAUCUACGUAUUUCAUUUCAACAACACAUUUGGCUACACUUUUGAAAUUUUGCAGAAAACGUACUGGUAUCCGUGCAUCACCCAAUCCAG